UCUCCUGGAGUUUGUUUUUGCCGGGAGAGGUCGCAUGCUUUAACACAGCUAUGAGUCUUUAAUGCGAAUUACAAGUAAACAACCUCGACUCGGUCAUGUAGGAACAUCUAAAAAUGUUAACAGCAACUGAGCCUUUGGAGAAACAUCGUCCAGGUCUUAUAAAUGCGUAACUGUGCUUUUUCUAGCGGGUGUUUUGGUUUCGCCCCGUCGAGAGACCCAGCCUGACACAGAAGAGCUGUGUACACCCAACCAUGUCUACAGAGAUGAUGAUGCAGUCCUGCCCCAUGGAUCGGAGCAGCAGCUUUUUUAAGCUGAUUGACACAUUUUCCACGGAGAUCUCAGAGCUAAAGCAGGAAAUGGUUCAGCCAGCCAGAGAGCCAGAGACAGAGAUCUUACAGGGUCUGGAAGGAGAGGUCAGUGGUCUUUUCCUUCAAUCUUCUGCCUGCGCUGGUGCACCUGGAGUGAGGGAUUCUGGGUAUGACUCUCUACGCAGACGCAUGAGCAUCCUGGACAGACUGAUGCAAACUCACUCUGUAUGGUUGUUACUGUCACUCAGCGAUGAGGAAGCCAGACGCAUUCUGCAGCCGCAGCCGGCAGGGAGUUUUGUGGUGAGGAGGUGUUAUAAACUGCAGAAAAAGGUGAUUUCUCUACGUAUGGACAGUGACACACUGAUUGUUCUGGACUUCCCAGUUAAAGAGAGUCAAUAUACUUUUUCCCUGGAGGGCUCAGGGAUCAGCUUUGCAGACCUCUUUCGUCUGGUGGCAUUCUGCUGUAUCAGCAGGGACGUUCUGCCCUUCACACUGAAGCUGCCAGAGGCCAUAGCAGCUGCAAAGACCCCUAAAGAUCUGGAGGAGGUGGCUCAGUUAGGAAGAGGUUUCUGGGAAUCUGAACUGUGCAAUAAGAGGAAGUCUGGGGAGACUGUUUGUGAAAUUUCACAACAAAGACUGAAACAGUGGUUAUCUCCGAGAGUUCCGGCCAUUCCAUUCACUCGGACCCCUUCUGAACUUGAAUGCAGUCAAUCUAACGGAGCGCUGUGCUUCAUCAAUCCCCUGUUCCUGCAGACACACCAAACCAAACCUUCACCUAAAAAGCAAGAAUCAUCCCCGGGAAACACAAAUCGACAGAACGAGGAAGACAGAGUCUUUUGCCGUGCAAAAAGCACACAAAACAAAUCACACGCAAGUGUGAGCAGAUCCAAUAGCGAGAAAUCACCGCCACCUCGGCCCCCACCUCCCCGCUUUGGCUCCAGCAGAUCAGCACUUCUUCGCAAACAGAAGACCAUGCCUGAGACUGUCUGUUGGAUCAAAAUGCCUCAGGAAAAGAGCAGCCUACUGGGGAGGUUGGGAUCAUCCUUUAGUUCCUUAUCACCCUCCUCCUCCCCACCCAAAAAGUUCAGUAAACCCAUCCUGGUGCCCUCAUCCCGCAGUAAGAAUUCCUCUGGUCUGCUUGAUGCUGAUGGCCUCCGCUGCCACAUGGCCCUGGAUGACCAGACCAUUGAGGAAGCUGUGUCUUGGAGCCUGGCCAAGCUGUCCUCACGCAACUCCACUGCCCUGGAGAAUGGCAGCCCCGUGGAUGAGCACUGCUCCAGCGGACGAGAGCGUCUGAGUGACAUUAGCAUCUCCACCUCGUCCUCAGAUUCACUCGACUUCACCCACAGCUUCUCGCUGCCCACAGAGGCCAGUCCCUCCAGAACUGAGCGGCCCACUGGUGACAGCAGCCUGGAGGAGGAUGAAGAGGAAGAAGAUGAUGGAAUCAACUUGGAGAGCGACCAGGAGGUGCCACCACCCUUCAAGUCAAAGAAACAAAAUGGCGCUGGUACGUUUGUGCUGCCGCGUGCACUGAGAGGACAUUUGCGCAAGAUGAGUGGCGUUCUCAAUUCUCUGAUGACACCCGAGAAGAGAGCUAUUCGGAAGAUUGUCGAGCAAUCCAGGGAUAAAGGGACUUACUUUGGCUGCCUGGUGCAGGAGUAUGUGAGCUUUCUGCAAGAGAACUGUGGCUGCCACACAUCAGGCAUGGACCUGCUGCAGACUCUCAGGCAGUUCAUGACUCAGAUGAAGUCCUACCUGCUGCAGAGCUCAGAGCUUGACCCACCAAUUGAGUCCCUUAUCCCGGAGGAUCAAAUAGAUCAGGUGAUGGAGAAAGCCAUGCACAAGUGUGUGCUGAAGCCCCUAAAGCCUGUUAUAGAGGCCGCUUUGCGGGACUUCCAGGUGAACAGUGGGACUUGGCAGCAACUGAAAGAGAAUCUGGUUUUGGCCAAAUCCAAGCAGCCCCAGGAGAUGGGUGUGGAUGGAGCUCUGCCCCCUGAUCCUGUUGCCAUAGAGAAGAUCCGCCACAAGUUCCACAACAUGUGCAAGUUGUACUCACCUGAGAAGAAAGUGUCUCUGCUGCUCAGUGUGUGCAAGCUUAUCUACACCAUAAUGGAGAACAACUCAGGGAGGAUGUACGGGGCAGACGACUUCCUGCCCAUGCUGACAUAUGUGAUGGCCCAGUGUGACAUGCCACAACUGGACCCUGAAAUAGAGUACAUGAUGGAGUUACUGGACCCAUCACUGCUUCAUGGAGAAGGAGGCUAUUACCUGACCAGUGCAUAUGGGGCAAUGUCUCUCAUCAAGAACUUCCAGGAGGACCAGGCAGCUCGUGUGCUGAGCUCUGAAACCCGUAACACGCUGCACCAGUGGCACCGUAGACGCACAACCCAGCGGACCACACCAACUGUGGAUGAUUUCCAGAACUAUUUGCGGGUGGCGCUGCAAGAUGCAAGCAGUGGCUGCACAGCCAAAACCCUUCAGGUGCAACCUUACUCCACAACGGAGGAUGUGUGUCAGAAAUGCGCAGACAAGUUUAAAAUUUCGGACCCGGAAAACUACGCCCUUUUCCUCUUGACGGAUGAAACCACACAGCAGCUGGCCCCAGACACUCACCCGCAGAAGAUCAAGGCCGAGCUGCACAGCCGCCCACAGCCACAACUCUUCUACUUUGUGUACCGCCAAAUCCAAAACCUCACUGUCCCUUCAGACCAACUCAAUGACAACACUUCACCCAACUGAGAGAGCAAACCUCCUUCCUUAGCAAAACCGCUAACGUCUGCAUUGUUUUGAAAAAAAGCUGGAGGGAAGUGGGAAAUGUGCUUAGAGGGAAAUAGGGAAGGAAGCAUGUGUCUGACAGAUGCAGCGUUUUUUAUGCUCCGUCUUCACUAUUUUCAAAACGUUUUGGGAAGUGGCACGAGACCAUCAUGAGAGAAUAGCUGUACCCAAACUGCAAAUGUUAUAAUAUGCCUGUUUAUUUCUUCAUGAAUGUUCAAACACAUUCAGGUUAGCAGAGAAACAGCAGCAUUUCGGUGUUUAUGGGUAGGCUUUGCACAUUCCAUAUUGAAUAUGCUCAAAAAUUGUGCCUUCCUCUUCCCAAAGCUCUACAUAUCUCUCCUGUCUCCUAUUCCUCGCCAGACUGAGAGACAUUUGGCAUUUUUUUCUGAUGACUGCAUCAAGGUGAAGACUUUUAGAAAGUUCCUUCCUUCAGCAUGCGUACCAUGGACAUCUCAGUCCCUAAGGACAUUGUGGACAAUUGUUUUUUUUUUUCUUUUGGCAGUUGCUGGUAAACUGCAUUAUUUUUAUAUAUGAUACAUUUUUUGUGUGAUAAUAUUGCAUGUAUCUCUGUGAUGAUAAGACCAAUUAAAGAACCAGGCAUUGUUGCCAGUGAAGUUUUAUCAUAAUGCUUUUCUAUGAAUUGUGAUCAUUAAGUAGUCAUUAGUAGUAAUGGAGAUUGUAGAAAUGGUGGGGUUUAGUUCUAAAAUACUGUACUACUACUGACAAGCUAAACAUUUAGAGCUUGUGGUAAUCUGCAUCUUUGUUGUACUGAUUUUGGUUUUGACUUGCAGACAAAGGGCAUUUCGCAAGUAGGACUAAUGGAAAGAUCUGUGUAAAGUAAGAAAGAAUAUGAAAAAGGACAUAGAUGUUUUAAGUGAGUUAAGAGUCAUUUGUAGAAAUAUCAAUGAACAGAAAUGAUUUUUGUGUCACUGGAAAGUGCUGUCAGGGAAUACCGAGAUAGAUGAGUAACAUAAAGGAGAAUAGUUCUUUAACAUUCAUAACUAUACUCAUAACCUCUGCAAUAACUUACCAAGUAUUUCAUGUUCUACUAAAUUUACUCUGUUUGCAUGUUUUGAUGUAAACUCGGGGCAUUGUUUUUUGUUUGUUUGUUUGUUUGUUUGUUUUAUGAGACCAGGGUGCUGAAAUGCUCUUAUUCCAUGUAACGAUAAUAUAGAAACACUAGUCACAUCUGAAACACAAACUACAUGUUUCAAGUCGUGAAAUUUAUUUUAACAAGAUAUUUCAAGUCUGUUAAAUGUAUACAUAUUUAUAUGAAAUCUGUGCAGGAAUAUUCGCAGAUUUGAAAAGUCGUGAUUCAAAAAUAUUGUGUAUUCAUUCGGAGAAAAGAUCAUCCUCAUUUUUUUGUCAGUUCUUCAUAUUUGCCUUUUUUAAUGUACUCUUUGCACACAAUAAAUUGAUGUUGAACAUU